AUGGCUACAGCCAAAAAAGCUAAAACAGACAGUGGAAGAUCAUUCCAAGAGACCUGGACAGAGUUAUUUGGAGUGAUUGAACGCGGUGGGAAAGCGUUCUGUGUCCUGUGUAACGAAAGUGUUGUCUGUCGCACAUCAAGUGUCAAAUGGCACUUUGACACCAACCACGAAAAUGUUGCCAAACUUGAUGAAGCUGAAAGAAAAGAGUUUCUUGAAGGGAAAUUGAGGAGCUAUCAUUCCCAGCAUCUUAGUUUUUCCAACUAUCUUUCCAGAACAAAUCAUCUGACAGCUGCCAGCUUUCAAAUUUCACUGUGCCUAGCAAAACACGGCAAGCCCCUCUCUGAUGGGGAGAUUAUCAAAACAGCCAUGUUGUCUGGGAGUAAUUCUCUUUUUCAUGAUUUCCCAAACAAGGACAAAAUUCUGAAACGCUUUUCUGAGAUGGCAAUUAGCAGAAAUACUGUGAAAGAUCGAGUCCAGCGCAUGGCAACUGAUGUUAGUCAGCAGCUCACCACUGACUUACAAAAGGCAGCCUGUUACUCCAUUUGCGUGGAUGAAAGUACAGAUGUGACUGAUCAUGCCAGGCUAGCAGUAAUUCUGCGUUAUGCUGCUGGUGACAUCAUGAGAGAAGAGCUGGUGAAACUGGUGUCUUUGCCCAAAAGAACACAAGGGAUAGAUAUCCACAGUGCGGGGAUGGAGGCUUUUGUGUCACACAAUAUCAGACCAGAGAAAGUGGUUUCAAUCACUAGUGAUGGGGCACCUUCCAUGGUGGGGGCAACAUCUGGCUUCAUACAGUUCUUUGUUAAAGAAGUAAAACAUCCAGUCAUCCAGUUCCAUUGCAUUAUACACCAGGAAGCUCUUUGUGCCAGGACAGCAGCAAAACAUUUGACGGGAUGUCCUGAAAGAUGUCACAAAAUGGUCAAUUACAUCAUGGCUCGUGCUCUGAAUUCUCGACAGUUUCAGACACUUCUUGAGGAGGUUCAGGCACAGUAUAAUUGUUUACUUAUGUACAACAAUGUCCGGUGGCUGAGCAGAGGACGAGUCCUGGAGAGAUUUGUAGCCUGCUUGGAUGAAAUUAGGCUGUUUAUGAAUGAAAAGGGGCAGGAAUUUCCACAACUCACUGAUAUGGCCUGGCUUACCAACCUAAUGUUUUUCACAGAUUUUACAGCACACUUCAACGUACUGAACAAACAGCUACAAGGUGUUGGGAAAACAGCAGAAAGGAUGUUUUGUGAUAUCAAAACAUUUGAGAGAAAACUGCAGGUUUUUGAAAGAGAUCUUGAAAGUGGGCAGCUGAAAUAUUUCCCAAAACUAAAAAUGCAUUUGGAAAAUUCUACAACUUUUGCAGACAAUCCUACAAGCCAUCAGGAAAUCUACAAGGAAUUUUCUAGCAUUGUAGCAGCUGCAAAGGUGAAUUUUAGUAAAGGAUUUUUACAGUUACGCAAGAUGGAGGCAACACUGUCUUUUCUUACUUUAUCCAGAUAA